AUGUUUGCCCAGGAACAGGCGGCGAUUGACGUUUAUGGUGCCGUUGAUACGCAGCUUCCGUCGGAGCUGCAGAAGCUCAGCGACUCCAUCGAGAAGCUAGAAGCUACGCGCUUUCGGCUGGCCAGGGGCCAGGGCACCCCAAUCGUCGAGAGGCCUGGCGGAGCUCUCUCGAGCCCGAAGACGUUCAUUCACCCGCCGUCCUCCACUUCCGACGCCAUCCAGUCCGAAAAUGACGAUAGCUUUAGCAAUGCAAACAUCGGCCUCCACGCCCAAGCGUCCAAGUCUGGCAAGGGUUACAUCCCCGAGAUCGCUGAUCUGAUCCGAUCCCGAUCUCUUGUCCAUUCGCCCACUACCAUCCACCUGGCCCGUCACGCUGAAAUGCCACCGUUCCACGGGACAGAGGAAGUGCUGUCGUUUUCACUCUUUGGCGCGCUGAAGUCUGUUUGGCAGUUGAUGGGCUGUUGUCGCCGAGGGGAAGUCGACGAGGAUCGCAUGUGCGGCGGUUUCGAGAAGAUCGAGAAUUACUUGUGCCGCGACUUUGCUGCCUGUUUGGCUGACCUAUCUCGCAUCGGCGGCACCGGCAAGAUUUCUUCCACGGUGACGGCAUGCCAUUCGUUUUUGAAAGUGCUGAAAGGUUUGCAAGAAUCGGUGGGCCUUGUAAUCGAUGCUAAUAGUUAUGCGGAGACCACUGCGCUUGACGAUCUCCGAGAAGCGACUGGCGUGCGGGGCACGCGCUGCAACCAAUCGUACAUGUUUUUUGGCGACGACGGGAUCCUCAUCUUCCGGCCUCUGGUUGAUGACAUUCAGGAAGGCGGCAAUCCGGCCCCACAGGCUGCGAACGACGGGCAUGAUGAUGUUCGGAUGGAGGACACAGGGGCCGACGGAUCGCCACCGAGGGCCGUGACCACGGACAUGCCGCAUGCGCAGGUGACGCGUGCGACGAGCAAUGGGGAUAAGGAGACUGAUCAUCAGACUGAUCAUCUCCAAGGCACCGCCAUCAUCCUGAACAUGUCCAACGAGAAGCUGCCAAAUGGGGACCUGAAGACUCAGCUGUUCCAGAUGAAACGGGAUGACGCGAAAGACAAGGCGGCCGGCGGAAAUCCGAAGGAUGGCGCCAAAAACAAGUCGACGACGCCCACAACGCUGUUCCAGACUGAUCAUCAGGACUCCGCGCCUCUCCAAGCCAUCGCCCUCACCCUGAACGUU